UUCCGCUCUCAACACAGCACAGCGGGCAGCCACAUCUUUAACACAUGACAGCAGCAUUUGAAAACCUCCCAUUCCGUAACCAGAUGAGAUGACAAAAAUAGAUAAAGGGAUUUUACAGAUUUGAGUCCUGAGUGAGAAUAUUAGCAACUGAAGAUCUCAUCAUACUUGGUUACCCAAGUGUCAUCCACCGCGCAAAGUUCAGCCGCAUCUGAAGGAACUUUGGAGAGUGGGAGUUUGGAGGACUCAUUUUAGACUCUCUGAACUGGAAACUUUUUAAAUUCGAUUAGCAUUCUUGUGCGCCCUGUAGGUGAUGCUUUUUUUGGGAUCGUUUGUGCGCAAAGGGAAAUUAUCUGUCUUUGACGCUGCCGGGGCUUUAUUCCUGACAAUGAAAAGCAAAUGAGACGCUUAUCGCAUCACUUUUGUUGACAGCACAACGACAGGAUGCGGGAGAGGGAACUGCAGCAUGUGGGCAGGAGAUUGCUGCUGUUGGGCAUCUGUCUGCUGUCUCUUUGGGGCCAGUUGAGUUUGGCCUCAACACAUCGCAGCCAUAUUGUGCAUGUCAAAGCGGGGACCUGUGAGGUCAUUGCAGCCCACCGCUGCUGUAACAAGAACAAAAUCGAGGAGCGUUCCCAAACUGUCAAGUGCUCUUGCUUUCCUGGGCAGGUUGCUGGGACAACAAGAGCAGCUCCUUCCUGUGUGGAUGCUUCUAUAGUAGCACAGAAGUGGUGGUGUCAGAUGCAACCAUGCAUGGAUGGUGAGGAGUGUAAGGUGUUGCCGGAUCUUAAAGGCUGGAGCUGCAGCACAGGAAGCAAAGUCAAGACGACCAAGGUCACACGAUAGUCUGGGAUCUAUUACAUUUGGGAUUAGCUGUACAUUUUUUCUUUUUCUUUUUGUCAAAGCAAUGGAAAUGAAGAUAUAAAAGACUUCAGACUACUUCACAACUAUGGAUAUCAAGUUUUUAGACCUUGAAUACUAAUAUCGCUUGGAAUGGACCAUUUGAGCACAUGGAAAAUAUUUUUUUUCUUUCCUCCCUCAAUGUUUGGCCUGCCAAACUCCUGUCUGUUUCAUAACAACAGUGUUGGACAAGAUCAUGCACCAUGUAAAAUAAAUAUUCCAUAAAAUCAUCAAGAUUGUGGAUACGUUUAGAAAAUUCUACAAUUUCAGAACUAUGGAUUACAUUUCCUUUUUGAAGAAAAGUGGUCUUGAAAGUUUCACUUGCUACUUAAAUCGUACGUGUUCUGGAGGCACUAAUAUUCUGUUCCCUCUCCUUUGAUGCCAAAAUUUUUUUUCUUUCGUUUACGGCCAGACUUUUUGAUCAGUGUGAGAUGUAUGAUUUUUGGGUAUGGUUUUGGAGCACUCAGCUCCAUUUUAAAAUGGACUUGUGCAAACAAGAGGCAAGUAUAAAGAUAAGAAUUACAGUUAUUAAUAAUGGAUGAAAUGUUAAAGUGGUCUACUAUGGGACCAGUGAAAAUUAAGAUAGCAAAGAGAUUUAUUGUCUGUUUUUAAAAGCCUUGGUGGCUGCUAUUGAGUAAAAGUGUCAGUAUUAACUCCAAUAAAAGUAUCUCUAUGGGAAAUCUCAUCCAAUCGUAACUUUGAAGAAUGGUUCUUUUUCAAUCAUAAAAGAGAAACUGCUUUUAAAUUCAAUGUGAAAUGAAAAUUGACCCUAUUUAUUGUCUAAAUGCACUUUUCUUGUCUUGCACGGUCACCGUGUCCUAACCAGGCGCGAUGUGGAAAGUUUCCAAUGACAAGCAAUUUGUCUGUCCAAACUGAAUGCAGAACUGCUCUGAAGAAUGACAGAAUCACAGCCAAUCAAAGCAUAUUUGAUGUUUAAUGUACAGUUACAGUAUGUGGAGCAACAUUUCAAACCAGUGAGGUUUCAUGGUGGGCAACUGAAAUGGAAAAUGUCCUGUCGCUCAACACUUGUUGUAGUCAGUUAAGAUAAAAACUCAAUUUUACAUAAAAGAGAUUAGAACAUGGUGUUAUUGUUUACAUUUCAUUGGUGCCCAUUAUUCCAAAUAAUAAUAAUACUAAUAAAAAAAAAAUGUGUCUUUGUAAUUUUUCAUCAAAAUGUAAUAACUAGCUCUGCCUUUGAAAUUACAUUUCUUUUCUGGUGACAUCACAAAUCCCUCUUACUUUUUCAACCCCUACCCUCCAAUCACCUUGAUCCAUUGUGGUAUGUACAGUAAUGCCCAUUUUUCAUAAUCCAAUCAAUUCCUGAUGGAUAAAAUCAAAUCCUGCAUUACAUUUUUUCUUGUUGAAUAUCCGGUUUCACUUGGAAAUACAUCAGAUUACAGAAGUAAAAUGGGUUGCAAAUAUGAUUUAUUGAUGACUUUCAAGGCAA